GCCGGCUGUUGGAGGCGGGGUGGCGCGAGCGGAUCAAGCGUUGCAGGCCGCGGUUUCCCCUCCCCGUCGCCGCAGCAGCCCUGAUGUGAAAGGGGGCCCGGGUUGUGGGGCCCAGAAGGAGCAGGAGCGGGGCGAUGAAGAAGGACGUGAGGAUCCUCCUGGUGGGAGAACCCAGAGUUGGGAAGACGUCACUUAUUAUGUCUCUUGUUAGUGAAGAAUUUCCUGAAGAGGUUCCUCCACGAGCAGAAGAAAUCACCAUUCCAGCUGAUGUUACCCCAGAGAGAGUGCCGACCCAUAUAGUGGAUUAUUCUGAAAUUGAGCAAAGUGAUGAACAGCUCCAUCAUGAAAUCUCACAAGCGAAUGUAAUUUGCAUAGUAUAUGCCGUCAACAACAAGAAUUCAAUUGAUAAGGUAACAAGCCGAUGGAUUCCUCUCAUCAAUGAAAGAACAGACAAAGAUAGCAGGCUGCCUCUUAUACUGGUUGGGAACAAAUCAGAUCUGGUUGAAUAUAGUAGUAUGGAGACCAUCCUUCCCAUUAUGAACCAAUACACAGAGAUAGAAACUUGUGUAGAGUGCUCAGCCAAGAACUUGAAGAAUAUAUCUGAAUUAUUCUAUUAUGCACAGAAAGCUGUUCUACAUCCUACAGGACCUCUCUACUGUCCAGAAGAAAAAGAGAUGAAACCUGCGUGUAUAAAAGCGCUAACUCGGAUCUUCAGAAUUUCAGAUCAAGAUAAUGAUGGCACCCUUAACGAUGCAGAACUCAACUUCUUUCAGAGAAUUUGUUUUAACACUCCAUUGGCACCUCAAGCACUGGAAGAUGUAAAGAAUGUAGUCAGGAAAAAUCUCAGUGAUGGAGUUGCAGCUAAUGGACUGACGUUAAAGGGCUUUCUUUUUCUACACACACUUUUCAUUCAGCGAGGGAGACAUGAAACGACUUGGACAGUAUUGCGGCGCUUUGGAUAUGAUGAUGACCUAGAGCUCACGCCAGAGUAUUUAUUUCCUCUGUUAAAAAUACCUUCUGACUGUACGACAGAAUUGAAUCACCAUGCGUAUUUGUUCCUUCAAAGCAUUUUUGAUAAGCAUGAUUUGGAUCGAGACUGUGCUUUGUCUCCUGAUGAAAUCAAGGAUUUGUUCAAAAUCUUCCCUUAUAUGCCGUGGGGACCAGAUGUCAACAGCACUGUUUGUACAAAUGAAAGAGGUUGGAUAACGUAUCAGGGAUUUCUCUCUCAGUGGACACUAACUACAUACUUAGAUGUACAGCGCUGUCUUGAGUAUUUGGGCUAUUUAGGAUAUUCAAUAUUGACUGAACAGGAAUCCCAGGCAUCAGCAAUUACAGUAACUAGAGAUAAAAAGAUUGACCUCCAGAAAAGACAGACUCAGAGGAACGUAUUCAGGUGUAAUCUCAUUGGGCUGAAAGGCUGUGGGAAAAGCGGAGUCCUCCAGGCACUGCUUGGAAGAAACUUAAUGAGACAGAAGCACAUACGUCCAGACCACAAAUCUUAUUAUGCAAUUAAUACAGUUUAUGUGUAUGGGCAAGAAAAAUACUUGCUGUUGCAUAAUGUUUGUGAAUCUGACUUCCUAUGUGAUGCAGAAAUAAUGUGUGAUGCUGUCUGCCUAGUAUAUGAUGUGAGCAACCCCAAGUCCUUUGAAUACUGUGCCAGGAUUUUUAAGCAACACUUCAUGGACAGCAGGAUACCUUGCCUAGUGAUAGCUGCCAAGUCAGACCUGCAUGAAGUUAGACAAGAAUACAGCAUUUCCCCAGCUGACUUCUGCAAAAAACACAAAAUGCCUCCACCACAAGCCUUUUCUUGUAACACUGUUGAUGCGCCAAGUAAGGACAUCUUCGUUAAGCUGACGACGAUGGCCAUGUAUCCCCAUGCCCGGUUACGCUGUAUGUGCAGCUGCAACAGGUGUACAUUUUGCAUCUGUCAGAACCUCCUCAACUCAGACUUGCUGCAAUCUGUAAAGAACAAACUCUUCACUGCAGUUCUUAACAGGUUAAGAGCCCGUGUAGAUGAGUUGGGUGCCAUGCUGUUAUCCGAUGAGGGGAGCAGUAUUAUUCACCAGGUGCACGCCGUCAGCUCUGUAGAGAAUUCCAUCUUCAUGGAGUCAUCCCUUGAUCCACAGUUACUUGAAGACAGGCAUGUGACACAAGCAGACCUCAAGAGCUCUACCUUUUGGCUUCGAGCAAGUUUUGGUGCUACAGUCUUUGCUGUUUUGGGCUUCGCCAUGUACAGAGCAUUACUAAAGCAGCGAUGAUCUGGAAGACAGCACAUUUCUUGGGG